CAAUCCCCCUUUCCCCCCGGGCAGCGGCCGGCGCCCUUCCAGCAGCCUGGCUGGGGCGAGGCGGGCACAGCAACUCCAGGCCAAGUCGUCCGGCUCCAUAGCCAUGGACCUACUCGCUACCACUGCCCUGGUGCUGCCGGGUCUUGCUCGCCCUGCCUGGGUCAGGCUCCCAACAGCCGGGGGGUAGACAUGAGGUCAUGCCCAUCAGAGGUCAUCUCCCUGCGGGUUUCUGGAAGAGAAGUCACUCAAAUUUGUGAACUGCCUGAGAAUUCUGAUCAAUCGAGUUCAGAGAGUGAUGCAGAGAAUGAACCAGAACGUGUCUCAGAGUAUCACAAGCUUCUGGCCUUGUUAAAAACUGUUCCGGGUGCUGAAGAGGAGGAGGAGGAGGAGGAUGAAGAUGAGUCUGAAGAAGGUGAUGAAAGUGAGGCAGAAACAAACAGUGAAGGGCCUCAAGAAGUUGGAGGUACAGAUGAAGAAGAUGAUGAGAGUGAUGUGCUGGGCCAGGAAGAAGUCACAGCUAAAGACGCAAUAAAGCAGGCAGUUGGCCAGGAGCAAGCUGAUGAAACGGAUAACUCUGGUGACCCAAAACAUGGAGCAAUUGAGGAGUUCACUGAUGUGAAACAUGAAUCUGAAUUUAGCCUGGAAACCAAUUUCAUGGAAGAAGAGAGUGGAGAUUACAGUGCAGCUGAAAGAGAGAGCAGCUCUUCUCGAGAGGUUUCUGAAGAUCCAUAUAGAGCACAUAUGAACAAAGAACUGGAAGAAAAAGAAAUAGAAAACAUUUCAGCAUGUUCUAAAACUACAAGUCAGUUGAAGUGGCCAACACUGGGCCAGUUGGUGUUUUCUUCUAUAACACAGAAGUUGAAAACUUUUAAGCCAGAUAAAGAACUGGAUUUGAAACAACUUCAUCUUCACAAGCCUUUGGAUUCCACAUGGCCAAAAGUGAAUUGCCAGCUCCUGUCCAUGCUAAAUAAGCCAAGCGAUUCCCUGUUCACACUGUUACAAAGGGAACUGUUUUGUAUUAUGAAUUUGUACAAGGACUUAUUUUACCCUGAAAGAACUGCGUUAGGGAAUGGGGAAGAGAUCCGUCAGACUUACUGCCUACAUGCACUGAAUCAUGUCCUGAAGGCUAAUGCCCAGGUUCUCAGCAGUAAUGCCAAACGAAGAGACCAAAAGCCAGGAGCUGACAGUGAUGAUUUCAGGGAUCAAGGGCUCACUAGACCAAAGGUACUGAUAGUGGUGCCCUUCCGCGAAUCAGCCUUACGGGUGGUGCAGAUUUUCAUCAGCCUUCUUGAAUCAGGGAACAAAAAACAAAUAGAUGUAAGUAACAAGAAGCGCUUCAAAGGAGAGUUUGGUUCUGAUCCAGAUGAGAAACCCCCCAACCUGAAAAGACCUGAGGAUUAUGAAGCUGUGUUUGCUGGCAACAUUGAUGACCAUUUCAGGAUAGGGGUUGCUGUUCUUCAGAAGAGUAUGCGAUUAUAUGCACCAUUUUACUCUUCUGAUAUCAUCAUUGCCUCUCCCCUUGGUCUGAGAACAGUUAUUGGAGCAGAGGGAGAGAAGAAGAGGGAUUUUGACUUUCUCUCAUCGAUAGAAAUUCUCAUAAUUGAUCAAGCAGAUAUUUACCUGAUGCAGAAUUGGGAGCACAUUCUGCACCUGAUGAACCAUCUUAACCUCCUGCCUCUGAAUUCCCAUGGUGUAGACUUCUCACGAGUGCGCAUGCUGAAUCUCAAUAACUGGUCCAAGUAUUAUCGUCAGACCUUACUGUUCAGUGCUCUUCAAGAUCCCCAGAUUAACUCUAUCUUUAAUAAACAUUGCUUCAAUUACCGAGGGCAGGUAGCUGUAAGGAAUGUACCCAUGACUGGCUCUAUUAACCAUGUUGUGGUACAGCUUCCUCAUGUUUUCCGGAGGCUGGAAUCUGAUAGCCUAAUUUCCAUAAUAGACGCAAGGUUCCAGUUCUUUAUUGACAAAGUGCUGCCUGAGUACCGUGACGCAGUCAUGUCCCAUACUCUUAUUUAUGUUCCAUCGUAUUUUGACUAUGUUCGUCUUCGCAACUACUUCAAGAAGGAAGAGCUGAAUUUUACGUACACCUGUGAAUACACCAAAAAAUCUAGCAUCUCCAGAGCAAGACAGUUCUUCCUCAAGGGAGAGAGGCAGUUCUUACUUUUUACUGAGCGCUUUCACUUUUACAAAAGAUAUACAAUACGAGGGAUUAGAAAUCUCAUUUUCUAUGAGCUACCAACAUACUCCCAUUUCUACAGUGAGAUCUGCAAUAUGAUGAAGGCCAACAAUGGAGAGGAAGCUACUUGGACAUGUACUGUUCUUUAUUCAAAGUACGAUGUGCAGAAACUGGCUGCUGUUGUGGGUAUAGAGCGUGCUGCUCAAAUGCUGCAGUCUGACAAAAGUGUGCACCUCUUUGUUACUGGAGAAAAUGAGUAAGCAAGCCUAUGAACCACGCUGUGUGUAUGGACUUGGGUCUUUUUUCCUAACACACUUUUUAAUGUUGUUUCUUAAUAUUAAGUGUUUAAUGAAUUUUCUCUACCUCCUUCUCCUCCUCAAGUAUUUUCCUGGAAUUAAUUUUAAAGAGUUAAUUUGUACAUUUAAAUAUUCUGAUUUAAAGCAGUGAUGGAAACAAAAUAAGUGUAUAAGAUUUUUUUCCUCCCCACCCCUUUGUUGAUGCUGGUGAUUCUCAAUCAGUGUGCUGAGGCACCCUGGGGUGCCACGAGAUCUUUUUGAAGGAAGCCAUGAGGUGUGAGGAACUGAGCAGGUGCAGGGAGGUAAGUGCAGACUCGCUGGCUCCUGUUCCACCCCUAUUGCCCAGUGUCUCUGAAGAGGUAAGCGCUGUAAUACAUUUAUUUUUUGGUGCUGCUCAUUUAACAAAGUCUUACGUGGGGGUAUCUUGCAUCAAAUAAGGUUGAGAGCCACUUGUUUAAGUGAACAAGGUAGAUUCCAGAUUUGAGUUUGAACUACUUUUCUCCUAUGUGUUCUGUCUGCAUAUUUACUAAAUGGUCCUGGUGUGAGAAGUACCUUCUGUCAGAUCACUUCACUCCACUCCAUUUUUCACAUACCCUGUCAGAGAAUCUCUACUUUCUUUCAGCGAAGGCAACUUCUAUUUGCUUGUUUUGCAGGAAGGUAAUGAGGGUGCAUCCAAAGAAGUUCUACCAUGCUUACACUCCAUGUUGCCGUCCGUGAAAGGGUGGUAUAGGUGAGCCUUUUUGACGAGGAACCACCUAUAGCCCAAGCAUAUUGCUGCAUCAGUAGCCUUGAAGAAUAGACUGGGUUCUGAGCCCAAGGGUCUGCCUUUUUACACUAAAUGGUCCCCACCUUACCCUACCGCAGUCAUUCUCAACUAGGGUGCCACAAAGUCCUUUUAAUGGUGCUGCACAAUUUUAACACAGUUAGUAUGCAAAUACCUACACAUAAUUGACAUGGUAAACCCAGAGACUGCAAGUAGGAAUCCAUAAUGUCCAAAACAUUCUGACCUGUUGAGAUCUUUGGAAAUGUCCUUGUUGAGUAGCCUUAUAGAAACAAAGUCCCUAGAGCUGUUUGCUUUCUUCUGGGACUAGACACUAACUGCUUCUGGCUUAUGGACCUCUUCUCUUUAGCCCAGGAGGUUGAAGUUCUCUCUUUCCUUUUCAAAAACUGACACAGCAAAUCUCUGUUCAGUGUCAUUUCUCCCUUCCCUCCUGUUUUCCAGACUUGACAUGGAUGAAUUCUUGUUGGGCGCAUGAGAGCAUCUGGGGUUAAGUAUUCUCUCCGCCAGCUAUAGCCAUCACUGGUGAAUAGUUGACCUCCAAGGAAGCUAAAGUGGGGGAUCUAUUUAGGAAGAGAAAAGGAUGUAAUAUUGCUGCUCUACUUGCUAUACUUUAAAGCAGCAGAAAGGUUAUUGGCCAGAAUCUUAACCUGAAGGGCUUUCUCCUGUUCCCAGUGACUAGGAUGAAAGUAGAAUCAAAUUGUGUGGGGUUUUUUUUGUUUGUCUGUUUGUUUUUGUUUUUAAUCAACUAUACAAAUAUCUUCCAUGUUAUUUCUCCCCUCCACCCUCCUUUUUUCCCUUUAUUGUAAGGAAAACCCUCUGAAGAAGUAAGUCCUCUUAGCCAAAUUGCAAAUGAAUGAGAGAAGCAUACGUGCAUGUGUGACACUUUUAGAGAUGAUUUGUUGAUGAUAAAUAUUAAUUAAUUGGUUGUUAAUGUAGUGAUACAUUCUGGAUCCUUGCAUUGCCAAAGUGAAACCCCUGAAUCCAUUACAAGCCUGAUAUACUGUCAGCUGUAAAAAGCACAUGAAGUGGGAUUUAUAGCACUCACUUGCUCCAGCUGAAGCUGAUGUUAGAAUUUUGGUGUACUUUGGUGGGAGAUAAAGUAGGUCAAUACAAAGUGCACUAGAAAAUACUACUCUUAAACUAGAUUUAACGCUGCAUGUGGCUCUUUAAAGCCUUGUGUCUGUUGGAGUAAGUGGCACCUUACCCAUUAAAAUCAGCAUUUCUGUGUUGCAGUGAGUGUCAGCCCGCAUAUACUUGAAGGGGAAGGGGCGUGUUCUGCUUUCAGCAGGUUUGAUGCAAACUUGCUGACUGUAAGCACUGCAUCAAUGACUUAUCUCUGUGAUUAUCAGUGAUUCCCCUCCCUGGCCCCUGAAACAUUUUUAGUUGCAUGGAGCUUUAAUAGGAGCACUAAGGAGACCAAGUUACCACUGUAUGAGUUUGGCCCUUCUUGUAUUAGGGAAGUUGCUCAGACUAUGACCAGUAAUUUAAAAGUCUUUGCUAGGAAGAGGUAACCUCUAAAAGCAGGUCAAUUCUUGAUCUCAGCCACCCUCGUGUAACUCUGCCAUGACUACGUUUAAAAUCUGGCUGCAUGUUGCAUCUGGUUUUCUGCAUGGUUUUUCUUUCUCGGCACUAGUUACUGAAGUUGAAAUGACCCUAAGGUACCUGACGUAUAAAUGGAAUCUAACCCCAUGAUAAUAACUGGCAUUUUAUUUUCAAAAUGGUUUAAAGACUUAAUUGCACAUUAUUGUGGCACAGAAGGACAUUCACCUAUCAAGCAGUUCAGUAAAUGCACAGCUGUUGUGUAACUUCUCAUCUUGAGCCAGAAACAAAUUGUGUCCAUUGGCUCCUGAGCUACCAUUUCAAGGCCCUGAUGCUGGCUUAAAAUAUUCUGUGUUUAUAAGUACCUUAGGACCUUCUCUGUACUGGGGAGAUGAAUUUGACAGUACUUGCAUUUAAAAAAAAAGACUUCUGACCUGAGAGAGUGAGCUGUCUUACCAGGCACUAAGAUUUCCUGACGCCAGCUGCCAGUGUAGUAGUGCUGAAGGUCUGCAUUAGUGGUUAGCCUGGGGAAUUCCAGUUAAAGGUUAAAAAUAAACACAGAUAAGGAGUUCUUCUUUGAGAUCUUUGUAGUGACUCUUCUAGCAUUUGAGAAGUCCAAAUAAUUGAUCACUGGUGGAAGUUAUAGUUGUGUGUGCAUGUGAACAUUGUUCCUUUCACUAAUGAGCUCUGUUGCAAUGUAUCUCGCAUCAUUAUAUAUAAAUAUAACUAAAACCAGGAUAAUAGGUUUGUCAAGCCUUGCUGCAGGAUGCGAGGCCAUACUUCAGGUGGCUAAGGAGCUGCCGGGGCCGUAGAGCUGGGGAAACUGAACUUGGAGCAGAAACGAUUAGGAUAUUGUAAUCCAUGUGAGAGAGAACUAUAGCAGCCUUGUUAACAAAAGUGGAAUCAACAAUUCUUUCAGAGUCAUGCAGACUGUAUUAGUUAUGCUGUCUUGGCUUUAAACUUAAAACCUCAUAGAAGUAAA